AUGAGGUUGCAACACAACGGCCUCUUGACGCUGCUGCUAAUGGUUGCCAUGUUGCAGCUGCUGCAGCAGCAGGUGGAAGCCAGAAAGAAGUUCUGCGGCGAGGUGCUCAACGAGGCGCUAGACAUGAUUUGUGUUAAUGGAUUCUCACGCAGACUUCGACGCGAUUGUAAGUAGCCAACCAAACAGCCAACAAAAAAACAAGAUAUAACUAACUGUCCUCACAGUGGACAGUUUGCCACGCACAGCGGAGCAGAUGCUGCGGCGUAAGUGGCAUCUAGUGCGGGCGCGCAACGCGAGCUGCGACGUCCGCGUCGACGCAUAGCACACGAAUGUUGCCACGAGGGCUGCACCUACGAGGACAUCAUGGAGUACUGCGCCUAACUGCCGCAUGGACUGGACACUGGACUACUAGGCUACUGGAA